ACAUCAUCGGAAAUAUGAAUACAGCGAUUCGGAGAGCAAGGAGCGGCGGUACACUGGAGAUUUAAUCUAUUUGCAAAUCAUGACAACCAAUGGAUUCCAUGCUCCUUUGGAACUCUAUCCUACUGACAAGAAUUUAAAGACUGCUUGGUUCGAAGGUCUCAAAAAACUAACAAUGCUAGGCAAACUACAGAUGUUUCAACUGGGAAAAGUUCUUCGCAAGCGUUACGAUGACUUUAUAACAACGGAUCCCAAAGAAGUGGAAAUCUACACUUCAGCUGAGGACCGCGCCAUUUCAAGCGCCUUGUGCUUAUUGGCGACCCUGUACUCGCCAACCAAGGAAUGGAGAUUUGCGCCCCAUUUCAACUGGCAGCCCUUGCCUGUGACCUUUAUCGACGGAUAUUAUGACAAAGUAGGUAAGAGUUAA